UGGUGGCCGUUUUACUUUCCCUUUUCGGCUUCCCGCCAAGUCGAUUGGGAGUCUCGACCAUCGCGGGCAUCCCGUCGACCUUCAGCUAAGUCUUGACUUUGGAACUUCGUCUGGCAAACUGCCCACCACGAGGCUACAAAUCUUAUCUUUAUCUCGGAGACUGAACCAAGUGUUUCCAUCGCAGGAUAUGUGACAGCAGAGUUCCCACCUGAGUACAAAUCUUCCAAUGCCAUCCUUGCUAGGAAAGUCUCCUUCCCCGGUAGAGGUGCCUCCAGUCGGAGUGCAUUCCGGAGGCCCUACGAUUCGCAAUCCCACUUGGCUGGGAUGUCCGUCCGCUAUGACAUGGAAACCCUGUCGAAAGCACCAGAUAAAGCUUUUUGUUCCGCCCCAAAGCUGGACUGAUUCGCACCGCAGCUGGUUUGAUUGCCAGCUACUGAGUACAGUACUACAGAGUAAGUUCGGGACUGUCUGGGCCGGCGAUGUCACCGGACCUGUCCAAUGUGUACGCGCGCGCAACGGAUGGGCUUCCGCCAACCAUCCCAGGGUCAGUGCCCGGCAUACCAGUCCACGACGGCGUGGACUUGCCUUGAUUUCGAGAACCCGCCAAUCAGCACGGGAUUUUUCGAAUUCCGACCACUUCCACUGUACUUGUACUGCUAAAUGGAUGCUCUUCAUCGCCGUAGAUCCCUCACCCGACAAGCAUUUUCAGGUACUGGAGCCCUACAGCCAGCUUACCCACCAUUGCGUCUCGAGUCGACUGGAUGGUAAAACAGCCCGAUGCUUGCUGGUUAUGACGAAGAGCAGCCACCAUGAUUCAUGCAAUCUGCCCACUUAGCUACUCUGUCAUUCGAGUUAGUUACCUACGAUGUGUGCGCCACACAAGCCGGGUGUGGAUGCAGAUCGUUAAUUGGCCGUUCCCCGUCGAAUAUCCUGACGUUUUGUUCCGUGACGCAAUAUUGACCGAGUAUAUAAGACCCGCUUUGGAACCCC